CACCACUUCCAUAGUAACUUUAACCCAGGCUGAGCGGCGGAGCAGGGCCACCUGUGCCCGGACGGAUUACUUCUCAUUUCUGCUCCGUUAGCGGCUGUAAAAUCCGUGAAAAUGUUCAACAGUAGUCACAGGGAUUUUGAAGAGGACCCGUUUUUCUCGGACCCAUUCCGGGCUCACAGGGAUCACAUGCGCCAGAUGAUGCGGAGCUUCUCAGAACCGUUCGGUGGUACUCUAAUGCCCAGCAUAAUGGAUGGGGGAAACCGCGGUCGAGCCAUGAUAGAACAUCCCAGCUCAUCCCAGGCGCUCAGGGACGAACACAGGGAUAUGAGUCGGUCAUUGCUGCCCUUUGGCAGUUUUGAUGGCACGGACAUGAUGAGGAGUCCUUUCAGCAUGUUUGAUAACAUGAUGUCCAACAUGAGAAACAGGAUGGAGGACAUGCACAGAAACUUUGAGAACGCGUCCACAGAUUCAAACUCCCACUCAUUCAGCUCCUCAUCGGUCAUGACGUUUUCAAAGGUUGGGAAUGAGCCUCCCAAGGUCUUCAAGGCGACCAAAUCGACACGUUGUGCCCCUGGAGGGAUUAAGGAAACAAGGCAAGCACUUCUAGACUCAGAAAGUGGUGUGCAGAAGAUGACCAUCGGUCACCACAUUCAAGACAGAGGGCACGUUGUUGAGAAAAAAUACAACAAGAAAACAGGAGAGAGGGAGUUCAUUCAGGACUUUCAAAAUCUGGAUGAAUCUGAAGCACAGACGUUUGAUGCAGAGUGGCAGCAGGAGGUAUCCAAGUUCGAGCCGUCUGGUCCCAUAUCUCGUCCAGCAGAACCUCAACUCCGUGAGGCUCGCAGGGCAGCUAUCACUGGUCCUGAGCAGGCCAACAGAGACGAAUCAAAGGAAAAGGCUUCGGGCAAAGGCAAUGUGAAAUUCUCGGGCUCAACCAAGCAGUAAAACAUCUGUUUGUGUGCUUAUUAAAGACUUUCAGACAGCAGACGGUAAACUCUUGUCAGUGCUCUGUACACACACAUGACCCACUCAGUUUUCCUCAGUAAGGCACAUGGAAUCAGAAGGCACCUCACCCAUGACCUGAACUUUUUAAGAGACUAUAUGCUUUAAAGGGAACAUAUUUUACCCUUUUAAGACAAGUUUAUAUUGGUCUCAGAUGUCCCCAAAACAUGCCUGUGAAGUUUAUUGCUGAAAAAACACUCCAGUAUUGGAUUUUUGUCUGUCUAAAAACCCCUCUGU